AUGCAGAAUAACUUGACCAUCCACCUCAAUAAUAUCGAAAGAGGAGAAAUUAAUAAGUUACCAUUAAGUUCUCUUGAUCAAUACAACAAAUUGAUCAAGAACCAAAUUAAUACUAUCGAUAUUGAUCAAGCAGACAAACUAAUUACAGAUAGUAUUGAUCUUAACGAUAAUUUGAACGAAAUAACUUCAACUUUAUCAGAAAACUUAGUAACAUUUGACGAAACAGAACUUGAUGAAGAACUUUCACAGUUAAUGAGAGAGCCAGAACCAGAAAAAAGCUCGAAUUCUUCAUACCUGACAAAUAAUUCAGAAAAGCAUUCCAAAUACUCUAAUACUAUCACACAUGAUGACAACAGUCAAAAGAAAGUCCAAAUUGUCCUCGCUAAAUAA